GCGCGCACUCAGCGGCUCUCCGGGUCCCAGCGUCCCAGCUGCGGCGCCCUGCACCUCCUCCUCUUCCUCCUCCUCCUCCUCUCCGGCCGCCCCAUCCCCUCCUCUCAGCCGUGCUAAGCUCGGGCUGCGGCCGCCCCCCAGUCCAAGCUCUCCAGGCUCCCUCCUGGGACGCGCGUCCUCGCCCCAUCCUCUCUUCCUUCCUUCCUCCCUCCCUUCCUUCCCUCGCGCCCGCCCUCCCGCUCCCAGGUCUCCCUCCCGGGCGCGAUUGUCUCGCUUGCCCCGCGCCCGCGUCCGGAGCCCGCACUUCCUGAGUGGCCCGUCGCCGUCUGCGCGCCGCGGGGAGCCCAGCCGCAGAGUCUCCCCACAGCCAGCCCGUGCGGCGCCCGGCCGAGGGGGACCCCCGGCGCCCCGGGGAAGGCAACAGCCAGGGCGAGCGCGCCCGCGCCCCCAGCCGCUCCCUGGCCGGCCAGCGAGGACCGGGAAGAUGAACAACGGCGGCAAAGCCGAGAAGGAGAACACCCCGAGCGAGGCCAACCUCCAGGAGGAAGAGGUCCGAACGCUGUUUGUCAGUGGUCUGCCUCUGGAUAUUAAACCUCGAGAACUCUACCUGCUUUUCAGACCAUUCAAGGGCUAUGAGGGAUCUCUUAUAAAGCUCACAUCUAAACAGCCUGUAGGUUUUGUCAGUUUUGACAGUCGCUCAGAAGCAGAAGCCGCAAAGAAUGCUUUGAAUGGCAUCCGCUUCGACCCUGAAAUACCGCAAACACUACGACUAGAGUUUGCAAAGGCAAACACGAAGAUGGCCAAGAACAAACUCGUAGGGACGCCAAACCCCAGUGCUCCCGUGCCCAACACUGUACCUCAGUUCAUUGCCAGAGAGCCAUAUGAGCUCACAGUGCCUGCACUUUACCCCAGUAGCCCUGAAGUGUGGGCCCCGUACCCUCUGUACCCAGCGGAGUUAGCGCCUGCUCUUCCUCCUCCUGCUUUCACCUAUCCCGCUUCACUGCAUGCCCAGAUGCGCUGGCUCCCUCCCUCCGAGGCUACUUCUCAGGGCUGGAAGUCCCGUCAGUUCUGCUGAAUACUGUUUCCCAGGUGUGUGAUGGCGGCUGCAAUCUGUCUUGUGGGUAUUAGUGCAAUCUUCCAUGGUGGCUCCUGUGCUCCAGCUGUUCUGCGAAACUGGAGCGUACUGGCUUCAAGAGACCUUGCCCAGUACUGAGCCCGUCAAGACUUUGCCACAGCCUCUAUCACACAUCUGUUUUUCUUGAAGAAAAAAAAUAUAAUAAAAAAUGUUUUACUCUUUUACACUGUAUAA